GGAGUGGGGAAGGCCAGGGCCACAUCCUGCAGCGCUUCCCGGAGAGAGACUGGGAGGACAGCCCGUUCCCCCAGGGCAUCGAGCUGUUCUGCCAGCCCAGCGGGUGGCAGCUGUGUGCCGAGAGGAACCCACCGACCUUCUUUGUGGCUGUCCUCACUGAUAUCAACUCUGAACGGCACUACUGUGCCUGUUUGACCUUCUGGGAGCCGGUGGAGCCCACACAGGGAGCGGCGGGCACUGACGAGGCCUUGGAGAGGGAGGAGGAGGCCGAAGAGAGAGGUCAGGUACAGCUGUCGCCCACAGCACUGGCCCCGCCUGGCCAGCUGUUUGCUCCAAAGACGCUGGUGCUGGUGUCACGACUGGACCACACAGAGGUGUUCAGGAACAGCCUGGGUCUCCUCUACACCAUCCACGUGGAGGGCUUGAGCGUGUGUCUGGAGAACGUGAUCGGGAACCUGCUGACGUGCAUCGUCCCCUUGGCUGGGGGCUCACAGAGAACCAUCUCUUUGGGGGCUGGUGAUCGGCAGGUCAUCCAGACCCCGCUGGCCGACUCGUUGCCUGUCAGCCGCUGCAGCGUAGCUCUGCUCUUCCGCCAGCUGGGCAUCACCAAUGUGCUGUCUUUGUUCUGCGCCGCCCUCACGGAGCACAAGGUCCUCUUCUUGUCCCGGAGCUACCAGCGGCUUGCGGAUGCCUGCCGAGGCCUCCUGGCACUGCUGUUCCCUCUCAGAUACAGCUUUACCUACGUGCCCAUCCUGCCGGCACAGCUGCUGGAGGUCCUCAGCACGCCCACGCCCUUCAUCAUUGGGGUCAACGCCACCUUCCAGGCAGAGACCCAGGAGCUGCUGGACGUGAUUAUUGCUGACCUUGAUGGAGGGACCGUGACUGUCCCUGAGUGUGUACACAUUCCCCCUCUGCCGGAGCCACUGCAGAGUCAGACGCACAGUGUCCUGAGCAUGGUCCUGGAUCCAGAGCUGGAGCUGGCUGACCUUGCCUUUCCCCCACCCACCACGUCCACCUCCUCCCUGAAGAUGCAGGACAAGGAGCUGCGUGCCGUCUUCCUGCGGCUCUUUGCUCAGCUCCUGCAGGGCUACCGCUGGUGCCUGCACAUCGUGCGCAUCCACCCAGAGCCUGUCAUCCGCUUCCACAAGGCAGCCUUCCUGGGCCAGCGCGGGCUGGUGGAGGACGACUUCCUGAUGAAGGUGCUGGAAGGCAUGGCCUUCGCAGGCUUCGUGUCAGAGCGUGGGGUCCCCUACCGCUCCACAGACCUGUUUGAUGAGCUGGUGGCCCAUGAUGUCGCGCGGAUGCGGGCGGAUGAGAACUACCCCCAGCGUGUCCUGCGCCAUGUCCAAGAACUGGCAGAGCAGCUCUACAAGAAUGAGAACCCGUACCCAGCCGUGGCGAUGCAUAAGGUGCAGAGGCCAGGUGAGGCCAGCCACCUGCGGCGGGUGCCCCGGCCCUUCCCUCGGUUGGAUGAGGGCACCGUGCAGUGGAUCGUGGACCAGGCUGCGGCCAAGAUGCAGGGCGCGCCCCCAGCCGUGAGGACUGAGAGGAGGACCACAGUGCCCUCGGGGCCACCCAUGACUGCCAUCCUGGAGCGCAGCAGUGGGCUGCACAUCAACAGUGCCCGCCGACUGGAGGUGGUACGCAGCUGCAUCUCCUAUGUGUUCGAGGGGAAGAUGCUCGAGGCCAAGAAGCUGCUCCCAGCUGUGCUGAGGGCCCUGAAGGGGCGAGCUGCCCGCCGGUGCUUCACCCAGGAGCUGCACCUGCACGUGCAGCAGAACCGGGCAGUCCUGGACCACCAGCAGUUCGACUUCAUCGUCCGCAUGAUGAACUGCUGCCUGCAGGACUGCACCUCUCUGGACGAGCAUGGCACUGCAGCCGCCCUGCUGCCCCUGGUCACAGCUUUCUGCCGGAAGCUGAGCCCAGGGGUGACCCAGUUUGCGUACAGCUGCGUGCAGGAGCACGUGGUGUGGAGCACGCCGCAGUUCUGGGAGGCCAUGUUCUAUGGAGACGUGCAGACCCACAUCCGGGCCCUCUACCUGGAGCCUGGCGAAGAGCGAGCCCUCUCCCAGGAGACUGGGGAGGCGCCUUCCCAGGAGGACGCGCCCUCUGCCCUGGAUGUGGCCUCAGAGCAGCGGCGCCUGUGGCCGACCCUGAGCCGUGAGAAGCAGCAGGAGCUGGUGCAGAAGGAGGAGAGCACGGUGUUCAGCCAGGCCAUCCACUACGCCAACCGCAUGAGCUAGUGUGGCUGAAAGCUACGACACGGAGAGUGGCUUUGAGGACGCGGAGACCUGUGACGUGGCUGGCGCUGUGGUCCGCUUCAUCAACCGCUUUGUGGACAAGGUCUGCACAGAGAGUGGCGUCACCAGCGACCACCUCAAGGGGCUGCACGUCAUGGUGCCAGACAUAGUCCAGAUGCACAUCGAGACCCUGGAGGCUGUGCACCGUGAGAGCAAGAGGCUGCCCCCCAUUCAGAAGCCCAAGCUGCUGCGGCCACGCCUGCUGCCUGGGGAGGAGUGCGUGCUGGAUGGCCUGCGUGUCUACCUGCUGCCGGAUGGACGUGAGGAGGGGGCAGGGGGCAGCGGGGGUGGCCCUGCACUGCUCCCGGCAGAGGGCGCCGUCUUCCUCACCACAUACCGGGUCAUCUUCACGGGCAUGCCCACUGACCCCCUGGUGGGGGAGCAGGUGGUGGUCCGCUCCUUCCCUGUGGCCGCGCUGACCAAGGAGAAGCGCAUCAGCACCCCAGCCCCGGUGGACCAGCUCCUGCAGGACGGGCUGCAGCUGCGCUCCUGCACAUUCCAGCUGCUGAAAAUGGCUUUUGACGAGGAGGUGGGGUCUGACAGCGCUGAGCUCUUCCGCAAGCAGCUGCACAAGCUGCGGUACCCCCCAGACCUGCGGGGCACCUUCGCAUUCACCCUGGGCGCCCACACUCCUGGCCAGCCACCCCGAGCUGCCAAGGACAAGGGUCCUUCUCUCAGAACUUUUUCCCGGAACCUGGUGAAGAAUGCCAAGAAGACCAUUGGGCGGCAGUAUGUCACCCGGAAGAAAUACAACCCCCCCAACUGGGAGCACCGGGGCCAGCCCCCGCCUGAGGACCAGGAAGAUGAGAUCUCAGUGUCAGAAGAGCUGGAGCCCAGCACACUCACACCGUCCUCAGCGCUGAAGCCCUCAGAUCGCAUGACCAUGAGCAGCCUGGUGGAGAGGGCAUGUUGCCGUGACUACCAGCGCCUUGGCCUGGGCACCCUAAGCAGCAGCCUGAGCCGCGCCAAGUCCGAGCCCUUCCGGAUCUCCCCUGUCAACCGCAUGUAUGCCAUCUGCCGCAGCUACCCGGGGCUGCUCAUCGUUCCUCAGAGUGUCCAGGACAACGCCCUGCAGCGUGUGUCUCGCUGCUACCGCCAGAACCGCUUCCCUGUGGUCUGCUGGCGCAGCGGGCGCUCCAAGGCUGUGCUCCUGCGCUCUGGUGGCCUGCAUGGCAAGGGGGUCGUUGGCCUGUUUAAGGCCCAGAAUGCACCUUCUCCGGGCCAGUCCCAGGCCGACUCCAGCAGCUUGGAGCAGGAGAAGUAUCUGCAGGCUGUAGUGAGCGCCAUGCCCCGCUACGCCGACGCCUCCGGACGUAACACGCUGAGCGGCUUCUCUUCGGCUCACAUGGGCAGUCAUGUGCCCAGCCCCAGAGCCAGGGUCACCACGCUGUCCAACCCCAUGGCGGCCUCGGCCUCCAGAAGGACCGCACCCCGAGGUAAGUGGGGCAGCGUCCGGGCCAGUGGGCGCAGCGGUGGGCUCGGCGCUGACGUGGGCUCCCGGCUAGCAGGCAGAGACGUGCUGGGCCCCCCCCAGGUCAACGGGGCUCCCCCCGACCAGGGCUUCCUGCGGCCCCAGCGUGCAGCCCUCUACAUCAUUGGGGACAAAGCCCAGCUCAAGGGUGUGCGACCAGACCCUCUGCAGCAGUGGGAGCUGGUGCCCAUUGAGGUGUUCGAGGCCCGGCAGGUAAAGGCCAGCUUCAAGAAGCUGCUGAAGGCGUGUGUCCCCGGCUGCCCUGCCGAUGAGCCUGGCCCAGCCUCCUUCCUGCGCUCGCUGGAGGACUCCGAGUGGCUGGUUCAGAUCCACAAGCUGCUGCAGGUCUCGGUGUUGGUGGUAGAGCUCCUGGACUCAGGCUCUUCUGUCCUGGUGAGCCUGGAGGACGGCUGGGACAUCACCACCCAGGUGGUGUCUUUAGUGCAGUUACUCUCAGACCCCUUCUACCGCACGCUGGAGGGCUUCCGCCUGCUGGUGGAGAAGGAGUGGCUGUCCUUUGGCCAUCGCUUCAGCCACCGUGGGGCCCACACCCUGGCUGGGCAGAGCAGCGGCUACACUCCCGUCUUCCUGCAGUUCUUAGACUGUGUACACCAGAUCCACUUGCAGUUCCCCAUGGAGUUUGAGUUUAGUCAGUUCUACCUCAAGUUCCUCGGAUACCACCAUGUGUCACGCCGUUUCCGGACUUUCCUGCUCGACUCUGACUACGAGCGCAUUGAGCUGGGACUGCUGUACGAGGAGAAGGGUGAGCGCAAGGGCCAGCUGGCGUGUAAGUCUGUCUGGGAGUACGUGGACCGGCUAAGCAAGAGGACGCCUGUGUUCUACAACUAUGUGUACGCGCCUGAGGACACAGAGGUUCUGCGGCCCUACAGCAACGUGUCCAACCUGAAAGUGUGGGACUUCUACACUGAGGAGACGCUGGCCGAGGGCCCACCCUACGACUGGGAACUGGCCCAGGGGCCCCCGGAACCCCCAGAAGAGGAACGCCCUGAUGGAAGUGCUCCUCAGAGCAGGCGCCGUGUGGUGUGGCCCUGCUAUGACAGUUGUCCCCGGGCCCAGCCUGAUGCCAUCUCACGCCUGUUGGAGGAGCUACAGCGGCUGGAGACAGAGCUGGGCCGACCCCCUGAGCGCUGGAAGGAUACCUGGGACCGGGUGAAGGCUAUGCAACGCCUUGAAGGCCGGCCUGAUGGGCGUGGCACUCCCAGCUCCCUACUAAUGUCUAGUGUGUCCCAUCACCGCCGCUCGCUGGGCGUAUACCUGCAGGAGGGGCCUGUGGGCUCUACCCUAAGCCUCAGCCUGGACAGUGACCAGAGCAGUGGUUCGACUGCAUCUGGCUCCCGCCAGGCUGCCCGCCGCAGCACCAGCACUUUGUACAGCCAGUUCCAGACAGCCGAGAGUGAGAACAGGUCCUAUGAGGGCACCCUGUACAAGAAGGGAGCCUUCAUGAAGCCCUGGAAGGCUCGCUGGUUCGUGCUGGACAAGACCAAACACCAGCUGCGCUACUAUGACCACCGUGUGGACACAGACUGCAAGGGUAUCAUUGACCUGGCAGAGGUGGAGGCUGUGGCUCCUGGCACACCCACCAUGGGUGCCCCCAAGACCGUGGACGAGAAGGCCUUCUUUGACGUGAAGACGACGCGUCGUGUUUACAACUUCUGUGCCCAGGAUGUGCCCUCAGCCCAGCAGUGGGUGGACCGGAUCCAGAGCUGCCUGUCGGACGCCUGACACCUCUCCCCCCAGCCCUGCUCGGGCUGCUCUGCUUCCAGUCGUUACAGACCACUAGGGGUGGGCAGGGCCGCCCCGGCCAUGUUUACAGCCCCGGCCCUCGACAGUAUUGAGGCCCUGAGCUCCCAAACCCCCAGCACUUGUGUGUACAGCCCCCGCCCUGCCAGCCCGGCCAGCCCUAACUUAUUGUGGCAUCAUGGCUGAGCGCCGAGCCGGAGGCGGCCAUGGUACAGCCUGCGAUGGGCCUGUAGAUAAUCCACCCCACCCAGCCCUGUCAGUGUCUGGCCCCGGCCGGCCGGCCGUAGGUGAACUGUUUCUAGAACCAGAGUCUAUAUAAAGAGAACUAACGCUGUACUUGUGCCUGCCUCAUGUACCUGCUGUCAGCCCAAGGCACUGCAUGUUCAGCCUGCCCAGAGGGUGCCCCGUCCCAUACCCAGGCCCACAACGCUGGGAGAGAUGGCAUCUUCCUUGGGAGCAGCUUUGGUCCAGGACAGGGCUUCAUCAGGCCCUUGCUUGCUGCAUGGCCACCCAAUCCCCACAGGCUCAAGAGGGGUCUUGAGACUUGUACCACCAGAGUGAAAGCCCUAUCCCAUCCCGACCUAAGCAGUCCUGGGGCAAACGCUGGCAUCAGGGAGACUCCAGAGGGGGUGUAUAGUGAAGACAGGAAGUUGGGCAGGUAACGGGUCAGAAGCGCAUUAAUGGAGGGGGAGGGGGCCUGGAAGAGAUGGUGGUCCAGGGGAGAGAGGGUCCUCGAGGCAAAGGACACUGGGCAGGACUAACAGGGAUCGAUUUCCAUUGGGCAGGGAGGGACCAGUGCCAAUAGGAACCUGUUGCAGGGACUCUUGCUACGUGUGCCUGCCCUUCCCCCUCCCUGGAGUCACACCUGAGCACCCACCCUCGCCAUCCCUGUAGGGGUAUUACUGUGGUUUCUUGAUGGGCUUGUUACUGGCCUCCCUGAGCCAGUGGGAGCUCCAUGAAGACCAGAUUGCUGCCCUUACCUGUGGCCUCUGGUGUCAAGAGGCCUGGGCUGGUGGCAUGGAGGACUAGCCACUACUAGGUGGGAGCAUUUACUAGGUAGAAGGGGGCAGGUAGAGGGAAAGGUGCCAGUGAGAAUGGGGAAAGUUGAAGCUAAAAAUGGCUUUGAACCUUCCUGAGCCAUUGUCCUGCCACUGCUCCCUCUUACCUGUCAAAAGUUGGUGCUGGGAUGCUUCGGGGGAGGUUUAAGGGAGCCCCAUCCUUGGGGCUGAAUGUAUGCACCAUAACCAAGGUUCCCAGCACACAGGGAACUGGGUUGGGCUAAAGGGUGGAAGGAAUCUGCCUCCCAAUUGGACAGUUCUGGGGAAGCGGGUUAGGUCCAAGUUGGGGGGUUGCUGAUGGCACCUGGCUGGGAGCAAACGCUGAGUGUGGGCAGGUGCAGAGCCACCACGGAGAGAGUGAGGAGCCAACACUGAUGGGACUGCUAGGAAGACCCCCCCUUCUCAGCUAGCUCCCCUCAGGGAUAGCCCCUCCUGGGACAUACAUAGUGGGGCCUGGGGCUCCAGCGGGUGAGCAGGAGGAAGCCGGCCAGCCUGCUUGCCCUGGGUUCUGAUCUCUGUUUUUGACUUGGAUGCUUAAGGGCAAUAAAAAUAAGUUUUUAUUUUUUAUAAAGUAAAGCUCACUGUUUGCUCAGA